UGGUGAGAAGUGGCGCUCGUGCUGCAUCAUCUCCGGACGCCUCUAUAUGGAUAUGUCGAGACAUAGCCGGCUGUUUCAGCAAGAUGGCGACCAGUUCAGAGCGUAGUCCCCCUCCCUUUCCCGAGGACCUGGAACCGGAGCCUGACGAAGUUGGAGACCAAGACAGUGAUGACGGAGAAGACAUUUUUCUUGGCGCAGACAACCCAUUGGAGAUAAAGAUGGACCCUUCGCUGCCUGCAAAUGACAUCACAACCAAACCACUGAGUGAAGCAUCUAGUGCUCCAGUGAUGGACAUCCUUAGUGAACCUGCAAGUGAGGCAUCUAGUGCUCCAAUGGAAGACAUACUUAGUGAACCAGCAAGCGCGAACUUGGAGGUUACUAGUGCUCCAAUGGUGGACCUCCUUAUGGAACCAGCAAGCGAGGCAUCUAGUGCUCCAAUGGUGGACAUCUUUAUGGAACCAGCAAGCAAGGCAUCUAGUGCUCCAAUGGUGGACCUCCUUAUGGAACCAGCAAGCGAGGCAUCUAGUGCUCCAAUGGUGGACCUCCUUAUGGAACCAGCAAGCGAGGCAUCUAGUGCUCCAAUGGUGGACCUCCUUAUGGAACCAGCAAGCGAGGCAUCUAGUGCUCCAAUGGUGGACCUCCUUAUGGAACCAGCAAGCGACGACUUAAAGGAGCCCCCCAAACCCGACAUCAUCGACCCAUUGGCUGACAUUAUCAACGACACUCCACUCAGUGAAGUCAAAACACCAGUUGUUGCUAUGGCCCAGGAGCCACCGAGCGACCUCUUCAAUGAUGAGCCUAGCGACCUUUUCGCUGAACCACGACCGAGUAACACCGCCAAGCAACCACAAACUAGCAUAUUCGAAGAACCUGACGAGGACCUCUUCAGCGAACCACUGGGUGAGGCCUUGAAGAAACCUCAGAAUGUCUUCAAAGAAGCAUUUGCACCAGUGGCCAAAGCUAGCAAUGUCUGCGGUCCUCUGAGUGACAACUACAAUGAGGACCCCACUGAUAUAUUCACUGAGGAGGCCAUCACUACUGUCCCUAGUGCAGUCAAUACCAUUUCCGUCAACUCCAAGACCAACGGAGUCCACUCCGAUGAGGAGGAACCUGAUAUAUUUGCAGAAGCCACCGUAGAGCUGUCUCUAGACAGCCCUAGGAACGACAGAAAAAAGAAAGAGGCAGCCAAGCCCUCUGUGUCUGCCCCUGCUCCCUCGGUCGCAGCGAGUGCUUCCAACCCGCAACCCAAGACCCUGGAGGAGUUGGAAGAGGAGGUUGAGGACAAAUUUGAGCUGAAUAUCUCAAUAACCAACCCAGAGAAAGUCGGGGAUGGCAUGAAUGCUUACAUGGCCUACAAAGUCUCUACACAGACCACACUGCCCAUGUUCCGCAGUAAGACGUUCACGGUGCGCCGGCGUUUCAGUGACUUCUUAGGCCUCUACGAGAAGCUCUCAGAUAAACACGCGCUGAACGGCUACAUUGUGCCCCCGCCGCCUGAGAAGAGCAUUAUGGGCAUGACUAAAGUCAAAGUGGGAAAAGAGGACAACUCGUCGGCUGAGUUUGUGGAGAGGAGGAGGGCGGCUCUGGAGAGGUAUCUGCAGAGAGUGGUGUUCCACCCAUCGCUGCUACAAGACCCUGAUGUCAGAGAAUUCUUGGAGAGAGACGAUAUGCCCAGGGCUCACAACACCCAGGCUCUGAGUGGCGCCGGCUUCCUGAAGAUGAUCAACAGGGCUACAGACUCCCUCAGCAAGAUGACCAUCAAGAUGAACGAGUCGGACGUGUGGUUCGAGGAGAAACUGCAGGAGGUGGAGGCUGAGGACCAACAGCUGAGGAAGCUCCACAUCAUGGUGGACUCUCUGGUCGGACACAGGAAAGAGCUGUCGGUGAACACGGGGGGCUUUGCCAAGAGCGUGGCGAUGCUGGGCAACUCGGAGGACAACACGGCCCUGUCCAGAGCCCUCUCCCAGCUGGCCGAGGUGGAGGACAAGAUGGAGCAGCUGCACCAGGAGCAGGCGGCCAGCGACUCGUUCUGCUUCGCCGAGCUGCUCGCCGACUACAUCCGCCUGCUGGGAUCCGUCCGGGCCUCCUUUGACCAGCGGAUGAAGGCGUGGCAGCGCUGGCAAGAUGCUCAGAACAUGCUGCAGAAGAAGAGGGAGACAGAGGCCAAGCUGCUGUGGGCCAACAAGCCUGACAAGCUGCAGCAGGCCAAGGAUGAGAUCACUGAGUGGGAGGCCAAGGUGACUCAGUACGAGAGAGACUUUGACAGAGUGUCUGCUACAGUUCGCAAGGAGGUGCUCAGGUUUGAGAAAGAGAAGGCUCGAGAUUUCAAGAAACAGAUCGUCAAAUACCUGGAGUCUCUGCUGCAGUCACAGCAACAGCUGAUAAAGUACUGGGAGGCAUUCUUGCCAGAGGCAAAAGCAAUUGCGUGAUGGAGUCCGCUGGCCAAUGGAAAGAAAGAAGAGGAGGAGGAUGCCUUUUUAAUACACUUUACCUCUCGCCUAUAAACCAAGAAAAUAACCCGAGAGUGCGCUGCAAAGGGAAGAAUUAGAUACAAUAGUCGUUUUUUUUUCAAUCAUCCUAAACCUAUAUCUCUUCAUUCUAACUGUUGUAUUAGUAAUUGUAUAUUUUCAUUUAACCUUCCACAUGUAUUUUCUAAAUGGUGAAAACAAACUUUAGCUCUUUUGUGAUGGUAUGGAUGCGUGUGAGGGCUGGGUGUCCUACUUGUGUAUGCAACUUGAAUGAUUCCAUUAGUUUCCACUUCAGAUGAGGAGAAAUCAUUGUUCUCAUUGUUAAUAUAAGGAUGUUGCACUAAGAGGAGAUUUUUACACAUCAGCAUUGUUAAUCAUUUACAACAGAGUGCCCAUCACACAAAACAGAUGACACACUAGGCAGAGUUUAUGGGGCUUUCAAGGGGACCUAGUUGAAUGAAAUGCCCAAUUCCAAAUCAAACACCAGCACCCUACUCCCCAUGCACAGAACAUCCACCUAGUCUUCCAAAAGACUGAGUUUUUCCUACAUUGCUAGUGUGGCUGGAGGUCCAUUUGGACACAUGUGGAGCCACAUUCAGCCUGUAUAGUUUGGGAGGAUCUUGAGAUGUUUAAUCACACGUCAGUAAAAUUUCUCAAUUUUGAGUGUCUAAAACCUUUUACAUGAUCGGUUCAAUCACUGUGGACAUGACAUUAACCCUCCAAAAUAAAUGUAAAGAAAAUAACAACCAUACUAAAAAGGUUGAUAAGUGUGAAAAAUAAUGUAAAAAGUUGAAACCACGCCAGUAACUGGUAAAAUUACUACUGGUCUGGGCUCCUGAGGCUGUUCUGUUACAUGUUUAGACAAUAACACACACCCCUCAUGGAUUUGGGAGUUGGUUUAGCACCUUGCGGUUGUAUAUGGUUUGCUGUGAUCUGUACUUUACAGUAGGUCAAGUAGGCUCUCUGCACCCCUUGAGGCACUGGUAAUACAGUGGGAAAAACGCAUUGUCAUUAAUUUCAGUGGAAGCUGUCUUUAUCUAACAGUUAUUGCAGAUUGUGUGAUUAUUUUGUGGAUGGAUGGCAUUGGAUUU